CGCGCGCUUGAGCUUUCAUUUCAUAUGCCACGCACUGUCACACCGACACCCGUCCCCUGUGCGUCUCCUUAUCUCUGGCCACCGCCACAGAACUGGCCGCGCGCGUCGCAAGGCUCUCUCGCUCACUUCUUCCCAGCGGAGUGCGCAGUCGUCAUGGCUAACGCUAGCCGUGGUCGUGUCGGCGGCGGCGGGCGAAGUUCCGUGCUCGCGCUGCUUCUCCUGCUUUCCGCCGGAGGAGCCCGAGCGUCCUACGACGGCGAGGGCGAGGCAGCACGGGCAGGGGCAGAGGAGAAGGAGAAGGCUGCGGCGUGGACGGGCGGGCUGAGCCGGCGGAGCUUUCCCAAGGGGUUCGUGUUCGGGACGGCGGCGUCGGCCUACCAGGUGGAGGGCAUGGCGCACAAGGACGGCCGCGGGCCGAGCAUUUGGGACGCCUUCAUCAAGAUCCCCGGCGAGAUCGCAAACAACGCCACCGCGGACGUGACUGUUGACGAGUACCAUCGCUACAAGGAGGACGUGAAUAUCAUGAAGAAUAUGGGGUUCGACGCUUACCGGUUUUCGAUCUCUUGGUCAAGAAUAUUCCCAAAUGGAACCGGAGAAGUGAACUGGAAAGGAGUGGCGUACUACAACAGGCUGAUAAACUACAUGGUGAAGAAAGGCAUCACACCCUACGCAAACCUGUACCACUACGACCUACCGGAGGCGCUGGAGGUCCGGUACGGAGGGCUGUUGAGCAGAGAAGUGGUGAGAUCGUUCGCAGACUACGCCGACUUCUGCUUCGGGGCGUUCGGCGACAGGGUGAAGAACUGGCUGACGUUCAACGAGCCGCGGGUGGUGGCCGCCCUAGGGUACGACGACGGCAGGUUCGCGCCGGGGAGGUGCACGGGGUGCGAGGCCGGGGGGGACUCGGGCACCGAGCCCUACGUCGUGGCGCACCACCUCAUCCUCUCCCACGCCGCCGCCGUCCAGAGGUACCGCCGCAGGCACCAGCCGACGCAGAGGGGCAGGGUCGGGAUCCUGCUGGAUUUCGUGUGGUACGAGCCCCUCACGGCGGACUCAGCCGCCGACCGGGCCGCCGCUCAAAGGUCCAGAGACUUCCACGUCGGAUGGUUCCUGCACCCCAUCGUCUACGGCGAGUACCCCAAGUCGGUCCGGAGAAGCGUCAAGGGCAGGCUCCCCAAGUUCACGGCUGAGGAGGCCGGUCUAGUCCGAGGCUCCAUCGACUACGUCGGAGUCAACCAGUACACUGCCUACUACGUGCGUGAUCGACGGCCAAACGCUACGGCGGCGCCGCCCAGCUACUCGUCCGACUGGCACGCUGAGUUCGUCUAUGAACGCGACGGUGUGCCGAUUGGACCAAGGGCGAACUCAGACUGGCUCUACAUCGUGCCUUGGGGACUGUACAAAGCCGUCACCUACGUCAAGGAGAAGUACGGCAACCCCACGAUGCUCCUGUCAGAGAACGGUAUGGACGACCCGGGCAACGUCACGGUGGGCCAGGGCGUGCGCGACGCGGCCAGGGUGGCCUACUACCGGAGCUACGUCGCCGAGCUGAAGGCGGCGAUCGACGGCGGCGCCAACUGCGUGGGAUACUUCGCCUGGUCGUUGCUCGACAACUUCGAGUGGAAGCUGGGGUACACGUCCCGGUUCGGCCUCGUCUACGUCGACUUCAGGACGCUCCGGCGCUACCCCAAGAGCUCGGCGUACUGGUUCAGGGAUGUCAUCGCCGGCACCAACUGAGAUCACGUACAGUGGCCUCAGUCGAUCUGAUGGCUUGUUUACGUUAGUUCAUCAGCUUCGUCCCCAUGCCAUGCAUCAAGUAAAACAUCAUAUAUAUCACGGUGUGCAUGAAGUCAAAAAAAUAAUAAUAACGUGAUGUCACGUAUGGGUUCUGAGACGAA